AUGACCACUAUACUCUUCCCAUAUCUACUCUGUAUAGUAAACCCGAUAGUGAUCGGUCUGGAGCUCCGCACGCUGGUGAACGUCAACGGGAAAAUACGUAUCAAGCAGCGGCCCUUGACUGACUCCCUUGAGUUCCGCCCAGCUCAUAUUCUGGACAAAAUACGGGCAGUGAAGGACUACACAGGCUCAGGGCUUUUCGUAGCGGUAGACACCCCUCAUCCGUCCCAAAAAGCUAUUGCCGGGUCUGCAGAGUUUGGGGUGGUCCAAACUGAGCACUAUGGUGACUGGGUAUACAUCAAUAACGUGUUCGCACAUGAAGAGUAUAAAAACGUUGGAGUAGAGGCCGCGAUUCUCAGGCGACUAGUUGAAUACGUGAGGGAUGUCUACAGCGGCAAUGUCUCAUCUGAUGCACAGAUCCAUAAGGAAGACCCCGGGAUAGUCGCUGUUUGGGCGCGACAUUUUCCGGAUGACUUCGAGGAGGAGGAUGCUUAUACCCAGGCCGGGUUCGAGGACCGAGGAGCGGUUGGCCCUGUUCAUAAUCUCGUCUACGCCUUCCCACGACCAACUCCUGAACGAGCCUCUAGGAGCAAGGGAGGUCUACCCAUAAUAUCCGACAAAAGACUCGAGUCUCUCUUCAACGAAUUGGUGAAGACUGGUGUUGUCGAUGAGGUCUAUUCGAACUGGCAGAGUAUCCAGUGA